AAUUUAUAUGGGGGUUAUAAUAACGGCGCUAAUACUUUAUAUAUCAUUUUCUGCUUAUUUAAGGGGAUACCAUGGCGUCCAAAGGGUUAAAAGUGGACAGAAAGAUUACUAUUGUGUUUGAUCACUGAGACUUUAGGAAGUGUUGGUAGACACUUUAUUAGAGCGUCGGUAGACGCUAAUAUAUAGCUGGCACAGGUCAAAUCUCACGUGAUCCGCGUACACAACAACGCCUCAAAACUCUGUGAGAAUAACUUGUAGGCCUUCAAAACACACUAGCAAUAGUCUAUGGGCUCAUAUCUAUAUGCCCACAGACUUUAUACGUGCCUUCAGCUCUCUGCGCGAGAAAUCGCAGUGUAUCAAAUAUAAAAUUCAUGAAGAAAUGACAGUAUAAAAUAUAGGAACCGUAGGGAGUUAAAUUUUUCUUUUAUCCCCUUAAGUUGAAAAAAUUUGUUUUUGCUUUGACCUUGCUUUGCUGUCACAUAAUUAUGAUUCAUGCACAGUCAUUACGUACGGACUUAUCAAACUGUUCUAGUAGAGGUGUGUGGUAGAAUCUUAUACAGGCCUAGUAGAGAGGAAAGUGUUCCAAAGAGCCCUACCAGCAUAGUGGACAAUCUCCCUCCCCACAGUGCACCACGCGGCAAGAAAUGAACGGCCAUCACCAAGUCACUCAGACUCUGGACCACACCCAUAGCAGCUCGUGUGUAUAAACUGCGUUGCACUCUUAGACGGGUGGCAAUAUUUUGAUUGGGACUGCUCCGCUCUUGAAAAGUCACCCGUUUUCGCCCACUCCCACCAUCACUACCACUUGUUGACUUUGGUGCUGUGAAAGUGGACACUUGAGCCUGAGUUACAUCAAUCUCAGAUGAAAGCUGCUGUUUAUUACUCAGUGACUUGAUCUCUUGGCCAGUUUGCCACAGUGUAAAGAGGCUACGGACGCACGAAGAGACGAGAGAAGUCAUCCACAGCACGGUGCAAAAGUUCCAGUGUCGAAGAGGAUUUGAAUGGUAGAAUUUUGAGGUCCGUGGCCCAUGCCAGGUGCUCCGUUGGGUAGUAGAGGAGGCCAGAGAGGGAGGAGAGGAAGUCCGCGAUUUUUAGAACGACGGAAGAAUCCUGUGGAAAUUACACAAGCGCAUGCGUGUUGUUUUAUGUAGCGCAUGCGAUAUGACCUGUACGUAUGUACGCACCUUUGGUCUUUUCCAGCCGGCUAGGGUCUGUGCGAGAUUGGGUAUGUCGUCUAGCAGCCUCAGUGUCGUCCUCAUGCUGGAGACGGAGGACGCCAGCGCAGCAAAUCGGGCGGAAGCGACGGGCAGGCGUUGAUCCAGGGCGCCGGCGCAGAGCGUGGAGGUGAAUUGGAGCGUGCGAAACACCUGAUCUCUGUUCCAGUAGUUGUCCAGGAACGUUGACACCUCCUGCAGUGGCUUGCUCAUGGCCAUCAUAUCAGGGAUCCUCCUAGUGGAUUUUCAAUAUUACGUUGUGUGCGACGGCCGAGUGCGCUAAAUUAGAGAUACGCAGCAACGAGCCCCACCCCUUUUGCAGUGCCGGGCCGGCCGGCUCACAGUUCAGGGAGAAAUGCCUGUGCCACUGUCCACUGUCGAAGGCUCUCCUUCGCACCGACCUGCAAAGAAGGGAAGGCAGCGUAGAGGGACGACGUCUCACGUGAUAGACGUAAACGCUCAGCUGAUAGAGGCAGUCUCGCAGGAGAAAAUCUCGGUGGUGCGCAGACUGCUGUCCUCCGGUGCUGACCCCAAUGCCAGUUCCUCACACUCGACCAGAGACCCAGCUCUCAUGCUAGCCUGCAGUCUCCCCUCGCCGGAGUCCCGCCACCUCCUGGCUAGUGUCCUACUGGGCAGCGGCGCUAGAGUAGACGCCGAAAACAGCGUUGGAGAGACGGCGCUUAUGAGAGCGGCCAUGGCUGGAGAUGCUGGGACUUGCUUCCUGCUCCUGGGAGCCGGUGCUGCUGUGGGGAAAGAGGACUGCAGUGGUAACACUGCCCUGACCUAUGCAGCUGAGAACGGGAAUGAAGACACAGUAGGACUCGUGGUACAGUCGGCCAAGCAGCAGGGCUGUGACAUCGACCACAGGAACAUGAAGGGUCUAACCGCACUGCUCUUAACCUGUCAGCGAGGCAACUUGUCUGCUGCCCGUAUUCUCGUCAAAGGAGGGGCCUCCCCUACAAUUAGGGACCUUGAUAACUUCACUACUGCGGGGGAGUGGAUGAAAAGGAGUGGGUGUUAUUUGGAGUCGGACCUGAAAUUCCUGUUUCCCGUCUCACGAAAGAAGAGCUACUAUCGCCGUCAGAGGCAAGAGAGAGGGAUAAAGACACUCAGCGAUUAUCUAUCUUCAGAGUCCGAAUCAGACAACAGCAGUGUGUUCACGGGAAGAGAGUUCACCAAGAGCGACAGAAACUUGUUCGGUGAUCGAUCAACGAAACUCUCUCUCUCCCCUUCGCUGAUCCAAGCCGCAAGUCCUUCUAGGUCAAUGUUCGAUAUCCAAUCCAGUACCAACUGUUUGACUGCUCUCCCCUCCCUCUCCCCCUCCUCCUCUCUCUCGCCGUUCCGCAAGAAAUCAAUCCUCCCACGACUCCCCAACAAACCAAAGCCCCUGGAAUCAUCGCCCGAUUUCAAAACGGAGCUCUACCACUCGCGCCACUUGAAACAGAGGCAAGUCUAUGUGACUCCGAACCGACAGAGUGGCGGGUUUCAUACGGGGGCCCUCCAACCUAUUCCGGGGGACCCUCUGGAGAAAAUCAGUCAGCAGACACAAACAGGUGGUGGUGGUGGGAGGGAGAGGGGGGAUCUGGUGCAUGGUGGAAAGAGAGGAGGGAAGAGAGGGAAACACAGAAGCCUACCGCCACUCUAACACUCACUUCAUAU